AUGGAUCCCAUCAUCUGGGGAGCCAUCUUCUCCAACAAACUCAUCUUCUUCUCCGCCCACCCACUCCUCAACUCCGCCGGCUUCCUCCUAGCCAUCCAAGCAGCCCUCGUCCUCCAACCGACCCACACCCCCGAACAAAAGCGCUCCGGCACCCUCGCCCACUUCCUCUUCCACGCGCUCGGCGCCUCCGCCCUCACCGCCGGCCUCAUCGUCAUCGAAAUGAACAAAGCCGGCCCCGGCCACGAACACUUUGAAUCCGCGCACGCGCGCCUGGGCCUCACCUUUUAUAUCCUUGUGUACAUCCAGGCGAUUCGUGGAGAACGCGAAGAGUAUUUAUAA